AAACCGUGCUGCGUACGACUCGGGCUGGUCGAGGCUUGGCUGGGAUUCGCGUUCCAUGACGACCACUACGUUCGAUUUGGACGCUUAAGUGGCGGGCAGGUUUGGGAAUUACUGAUGCAGUCAUUUACAAGACAAAUAUAAAAUAGUAACUCUUGUCCCUAAUUUACUCCUAAUGUAUACUCGGGCAUUAUCUUCUAUUGCACUUGUCAUGGAUCGUUUCAAAUCCAGCCCGCUCUAUCCUAUAGAGGAGGUGACCCCCGUCGAUCACCAGAUUUUACAUGUUGGAGGCUCCACAUCCACUCUGGAUCGACUUCCUUCACGCCUUCAACAAUCCAAAAGCCAAAGAUCCCUGAGCCUCAGGGACGAGCUGGAGGAGCUAGCGUACGAGAAUAGCUAUCUCAAAGCGGAGCUCGCAUGGAACAAGGAGACUCGACAAGUGCUCAUGCAUCUACAUGGCAGGACGCUCGAAGCAGUGUCAAUCCUGAGCGAAGCCUUGACCGAAACAACCUCUCAGCUGCGACGGUCGUCUCCAGCAAGGUCUCCGGCACCAUCUCGGCGUCCACUGAAACUCUUCCAGUACGUUGGCCAGGUCGUUCAUGAUUUCGAUAUCCAAACGACCUCAUCCGGCGCUCAUCCCCGGCUAAACAGUGUCUUGUGGGUCACGUCUGCAGUGGCUGGUUUUAUCUCACUUGCACUGGCAGUUUCGGUGCUCUUAGAUCCAGAAUUCGCAGAAUCCGGUGUCUCCAUCUUCCGCUUCAAUUUUACAAGUCUCCUCUCUACACAGUUUCUCUCUGAGCGGCAGCUAGAAUUACUUUCUAUCCCAGAGGCUUCAUCAGAAGAUGUCCCGCCGAUAGUUGCCACCGCGGUCGAAGGUGCGGCGUCAGAUAUUCAAGCUGCACAGACCGUUGUCAGCUCGGCUCUACAGGCUGCUGCAACAGAUGCUGCGACAGCCGUACAGUCAGACCUGAGUACAGUGGUACCAGAGAAUAUGUCUAUCGGACUAGGCAAAGUCUGUUUCGGGUGGGAAAAUAACUCAACCCAGGAUUGUCGCGGUCUACCUUUCAAUAUCUCGUCCGUUGUGCCCAGUACUUUGUCGGGAAUUCUGAGUGCUCCCCUACAACAGCUUCAAGAGGUCGAGAACAAAGUUGUAUCUGCGAUUCUAGAGACAGUUCGUCGAUCACUGAUUGUGGGCAUUGUCCUCCUCCUCAUGUUCUUCCUCUUGCUCCUUUUCUGGGAGUUCCCGAACGACUUGUGGAGACGGGCUGUCAUGACCCCCUUAGGAUUUACAUGCUUAGUGGUCCCAUUCUUGAUCUCUACAGCGGUCAUGUUUGUGGUACAGUCUGAUAUUCGCAAGAAAAUUGACGACAGUUCCUUGAUAUCCGUGCAGGAUGGUGGUGCUAGCAACCUCAUCUUGGUUGGAUUAAUUUUUUCGAUUCUGAUGUUUGGCGCAACAGUAAGCAUCACCUUAAUUUAG